AUGCAGCUAACGAAGGUCCUCUCGUUAUUGACCUGCGCUCUCUUGAGCUCUGCCACAGUGCCUACCAAGACUGUGAAACGAGCCGACUCUUCACAGUUUGUUACGACCCAAGGUUCCAAAUUCUUUGUUAACGGAAGUGAAUUCCCUAUCAUUGGAACCAAUGCGUAUUGGUUGCAAGCCCUGAAUGAAGAACAGGACAUUAUCAAUACUUUUUCAAAUAUUUCCGCUCUUGGAAUCAAAGUAGUAAGGGCAUGGGCGUUCAAUGAUGUCACUGAAAUCCCUGAGACCGGGACUUGGUUCCAACUUAUCGCUAAUGGCACUACCUCUGUCAAUACCGGAGCGAACGGUCUUCAAAAGCUCGACAUGAUCAUAAAACAUGCCGAAAGCUUCGGGAUUUAUGUUCUACUCACUUUGACCAACAAUUGGGCGCCUUUAGCCACUGACAAUUUGACUGAAUCCAUCGAUGGUCUUAAGUCUUCUGUUCAAAGUCGCGCGGUCGUGGACACCUUCAAUGCUUCCCGUCCCAGAAAUUUCCUCAGUAACGACUAUGGUGGAAUGGAUGUUUAUGUUCGCCAAUUUGGGCUCCAGAACCACGACGAAUUUUAUACGAAUCAGACUGUACUAAAUGCUUUCAUGAACUACACUACCCAGAUUGUCACUCGAUAUGUUGACAGUCCUGCAGUGCUUGCUUGGGAACUUGCCAAUGACGCAAGGUGUAACUCAUCGGUUGCUGCAUCUGCGACAUGCACUCCCCAGACCAUCACUCAAUGGCACUCGACAGUUGCCCAACACAUAAAAGCGCUCGAUCCCAAUCACUUGAUCUCUUCAGGGACCCAAGGCUUCCUAUGUAUCGGCUGUCCGAAGCUCUUCCCUCGACAAACCUCACCAUCUCAACCAUCUGCUCGAGCGGUUGUCGGUCGUCGCAGCGUUGCAAAGCCAUUGACCAGAGAGCGUAUAAUCCAGGAGCGCAAUGAGCAAUGGAAGAAGACUAGGGCUUUACUACCUAAGUCCGAACAGGACAAGGGAGAGGGUAUCCGUGUUCGUGGUCGAUGGGUUUCUACUCCUACCAAACGUCAAAGUGAUUCCCAGGGCGUUGGCUCCGCGUUCGAUGGGUCUCAAGGCGUUGAUAGCGAGGACAUUCUUGGUAUUCCUCAGAUUGGGUUUGGUUCUUUCCAACUAUUCCCUGAUCAAAAUAGUUAUGGUCCAGACGAUCCCAGCCUCUCUGCUUUCAAUAAUACUUUACAGACUGGAAUCAACUGGAUAACCACCCACGGUCAACUUGCUCAGCAAUUCGAUAAACCCGUGUCGCUUCUUGGCUUCGGUUUGGUGACUCAGACGAAUGCUCCUGACUUCGUGCCUUUCAAUAGUACGGUAGCUCCGUUUGCCUCUGACACGACAUCUACAGUAUCAAAGGCUAGCAGCACGAGCUCCUCAGCGAGCGCAAAUUCUACGCAAACUUUCGGUGUUACGGACAGUGAGCAGGCCACCGCCUAUUCCACAUGGUUGAAUACCGGUAUCAGUUCUGGAGUAUCUGGACUUCUACAAUACCAAUGGUCUCAAGGCAACUUGACUGCCCAAGCUAACACUACCAUUUCCCCCAACGACGACACCACAGGGGAGAGCUCAAACGACGACACAACUGGAGAAUCGCCCAACGACGGUUACUCUAUCCAGGGGGUUGGAGAGGACACUGUCCAAUCCAUCCUUCAGAAUGCCGUCCAAUCUGUUUCGAGCACCUAA